GGAAAGCGGAGUCGGUAGCCGGUCGCCGGGAUUGAGAAGGCAGGAGAGCGAGCGAUCGACGAACUGCGAUGCUUUGGGGCCGGCCGGGCUAGCAGGCAGCGCGUAGUGUGCGGGUCGGUGGUCGGUCAUUCACUCAACAGCGGGGACGCUGGCCGUCAUGGAGAAUCAGCUAGGGCGCUGCAAAAUCGUGGUGGUUGGCGACAGCCAGUGCGGCAAGACGGCAUUGCUGCAUGUUUUCGCCAAGGACGCCUAUCCUGAGAAUUAUGUCCCUACUGUAUUUGAGAACUACACAGCCAGUUUUGAGAUUGAGAAGCAGCGCAUUGAGCUUAACAUGUGGGAUACUUCAGGCUCAACAUACUAUGACAAUGUCCGCCCCCUUGCCUAUCCAGAUUCAGAUGCUGUUCUUAUCUGUUUUGACAUUAGCCGUCCUGAAACUCUGGACAGUGUCCUUAAAAAGUGGCAGGGAGAGACACAAGAAUUCUGCCCUGGUGCCAAAAUAGUUUUGGUGGGCUGCAAACUGGACAUGCGUACAGACUUGAACACUUUACGGGAACUCUCCAAACAGCGCCUUAUCCCUGUUACACAUGAGCAGGGCAGCAUGCUGGCCCGGCAGUUGGGUGCUGUGGCAUAUGUAGAAUGCUCUUCCAAGGUGUCAGAGAAUAGUGUGCGGGAUGUUUUCCAUGUGACCACACUGGCCUCAAUCAAUCGGAUGCAUAAGCACCUCAAACGGAGCAACUCAAAGCGAGGACUGAAGCGGAUUACGCAGAUGCCCGGACGGACAGAUUUAUUGACUGACUCUGAGAUCCGCAAAGACCGGGCCAAGAGCUGCUCGGUGAUGUGAGGGCGGGCACAACUGCAGAGGGGCUGAAAUAUAGUACUUCCUGUCCAUAUCACUUUGUAUAGUAACUGGGAAUGGAAGGUCUCUGCAUUGAGAGCCACAUUCACCAGGAUGUAGGUCAGAACAAACUAAGGCCUGUCUGGAAGCUGAGUUGGGAGGGAUCUGCCUGAAACUGCAAAUGCUCAGCAUAGUGCAAAAGCAUCUAGAUGACCCACAGUUGCACAAAACACAAAAAAAUGCUCAGGUAGUAGACAUCUUCCAAAGAAAGGAACACUUCCCUGUAAGAAGCACUGGGGGCGAUAAAUACUUCAAAUCUUCUUAAAGAGUUAUUAUUUCACAAUUAGUUUCAAAUGUGUAGAUGUCCAGGCACCCCAAGUGUCUGGCACUUUUGGUUGCUGUGGGGUGUGUCAGUCAGUCCAUGCCCACAGCAUGUGUGCACAUGUAUAUAUGUGCUUGUGCUUGAGGGCAGUCAUGGAAUAAAAGAAUUACAGAAGAGUCAGAGGAAAUGACGAUCAUUUUAGAUGAAAAAUUGGAUCAAUUAGGAUGGGGGGAGGGGGAGAGGGCUGAAAGUUUGGGGCAACUAAAUAGCUUCCAGGGCACUUGACAUUCUGGAGUAACUGGCAGGUCAUUUUGUCCCAAAGGUGCUUUUUCAGAAGGCAGCUGGAGUUCCUUUGUUUUUCUUUGAAGGUGUUUAACAUCUGAUCCAAGAAGCUUUUUCAGUUCUGACUGAAUGGUGGAGAAUGGAAGGAUUUAUAUUUAUAUUCCUUGCAGUUAUCAUGGCACAAGGAUGUUGUGUCAUGAGGAGUGCAGUCAUUCUCCACCAUUCAGUCAGAACUGAAGAAGCUUCUUGGAUGAGAUGUGAAACAUCUUCAAAGAAAAAACAAAAAGUCCAAUUGCCUUUUGAAAAAGCAUCUUUGAUACCACCAUGACCUGAAUGGCUGAGAAUCUCCAUAGACAUCACUACUUGGUAAAUUUCUGGAAGAGACAUCACCACCAGAGAUAAUCAACAAGAAAGUAGCUCUUUUGGAAGAGAUGGUUUUCAUUAUCUCUACCAAGGAUAAAAGCUAGAAAGCUCAAAAAUUGUGCCCACUGGAGCCUUUGUUUUCAAUAACAACUACUGUGAUCUUCACUUGUCUUGUAUGACACCUACAAGUCCUUUUUACCUCUACAAAUUCAGGAGAUUAGGUAGUCUGCCACGACCAUGACUGCAUCAUAGACAAGAACCAGUUCUUCUUGGUCUCCAUUCCUGUUUCGUGAUCUUCUUUCAUGUGGUAAUGAUGCAGAGGGAUAGGAUUGAAGGAAUGCUUUUUACUCCUGGAAAGGAGAAAAAAAGAAUAGCUGACAGGUAGUAAAAUGUCUCUAACAUUGUAAAUCAAAUAUUGGGAAUGCAUUGCUUUUCCAUCUUUUGAUUUGGGUUGCAUUUCUUUGAGGUGGGUGUUGUAACUGUAGAGAGAUAACUUACCUCAAAUUGUUGGCAACUGAAGUCUCCUUAUGUUGCUUAGGGACAUCAAAAAGCAAAACACAAGUUUUAAAAGGUUUGGGAGUAGGCCUAUAAGAAUUCCUCGGGCAAGCGGGAUUGAGUAUGGCAGAACAUGUGUUUAUGUGAGAGAACAACACAAAGUACCCUAGACUUUAUUAAAGACCCUGCCAAAUCAAUGGAGCAAAAUAAGAGCUGUUGACUGUCAGCUCAGAAGAAAAGAAAUAGAGUAAGCUCAACCCACCGCAUAGAGUUGUAUUUGUGAAGGAAAUGGACAGCCAUAUAUGCUAUCUUGAGUUUCUUAACUAAAAGUCAGGAUAGAAAUUUAAUAUACAUUGCAUGAAAUAAUUUUUUGCAGUUAGAAAGAUUGUCUACAGGGACUUUGACCCUCUUCUAAUGUAUAACAAAGGCAGAACAGGAAAGGAAGAUGACCAUUUUGUACACUAGCGAUAGCCUUGCUCAGUCAGAAACCGGUAGCUUUCUGUAUUACACCUACUGCAGUAAUUAUUCAGCUGGUCCUAAGGACUCUGGUGAAGGCCUGGUGCACCCAGAGCAGAGAUUUAUAAACUGUUUUUGAUUACAUGAGAGUGGGGGAAAUUCAAGCUGCAGGCUUUCAUAAUUAUUUCAAUUUUUAAUGGCUCCUUGGAUUCCAGUGUGAUUCUAAUGUGGCUGCAGAUACCUUUCUUGGUGCUCUGAACUAUUGGCUCCUAGAAUCUAAUUUUUAAAAGAUUCUUGAAUUAAAAAUAAAUGGCAUGGAGCAGAACAGUA